AUGCUUAGCCUUACAGAUGUGGCUUUACCGACAACUGGCAGUGCUGAUGUAACGUGGAAUUACGUUUUUAAGAGUUACGUGGCAAAGAAGCUAGGGACAGGUGGAUUGAUGCCAAUUGUGCGGAGCGAAUACCAGGAGACUAUGAAAUUUGAAAGACCUGAAUUAUUGUUUGAGCCUGUCGUCUGUUUUGAUGCUAUACCGGAUAAGAGGGUAUUGAAACGAGAAGCGAGAGGUUAUUGGAUUUAUUUGAAAGUUAAUUUUUUACUUUUAGGUAGAGUUGCAAUGGGAAUGAUAAUUUCGGGUCUUUUUGGGUGGCUAUUUGGGAAGAAACAGGUACGUAUAUUAAUGGUUGGUCUUGAUGGUGCAGGAAAAACAACUAUAUUAUAUAAAUUGAAGCUUGGUGAAAUUAUUACAUCUGUCCCAACAAUUGCCUUCAAUGUAGAAACAGUUGAAUACAAGAACAUAUCGUUUAAUGUAUGGGAUUUCAGUGGAAAUAGCAGAAUUAGACCUUUACGAAGGCAUUACUGCGGAAGUGCGCAGGGUUUAAUUUUCGUUGUGGAUAGCAGCGACAGAGGACGAAUUGAAGAGUGUCGUGAAGAGCUGUACAAAUCUCUUAGUGAAGUUGAUUCAGAAGAUGUUAAGCUGCUUGUUUUUGCCAACAAACAGGAUCUGUCAAAUGCUAUGGGUGUUGCGGAACUCACGGAAAAGCUUGGUCUUCAUAAUCUUUGCUCAGGAAAGUGGUAUAUUCAAGGAGCUUGUGCCACCCAAGGUCUUGGGCUCUACGAAGGAUUGGGCUGGUUGGCAGAUCAGAUUUCAGAAGGCUAA